UCCGCCAUUACUCAAUCUAAAAAGCAGAAGUAAAAUUAGAUGACUGUCUGUGUUUUAGAAAAGUAGAAAAUUCAGAAUUGCUCUUUGUUGCUUUUCUCGUCAUUUUCAAGAGUGGAGGGUAUUUUAGUCAUUACAGGGAAAUAAGAAGUCCAGAAAUUAGAAGAAGAAAGAAAGCAAUGUGGGGGGCAAAUCCCAUCCGGCAAGAGAGAAAGAAAGAAACACCAGAAGAAAAAAAAUAGAAAAUAUUCUUGAUUGUAGGGAAGAUUUAAUUUUGUAAGGAGAAGGGGUUGUGGAUUAAGGGCAUAUUUCGAGGCUCUGGUUCCCCUCCUCUGUUAUCUCUCUCUAAAGAAAGAAGGUUUGUGUUGCGUUGGUUUCUUGUAAGUUAUGAGGAGAGGAAGAGGAUCUACUGCUGCAGCUGAAGUGAUGAUGAUGGCAGGGGGAAGAACUAAUGAAAGAUUAAAUCAUCAAGAAGAAGAAGUGAAAGAGAUGAGAUACAGAGGUGUAAGGAAAAGACCAUGGGGAAGAUUUGCAGCAGAAAUUAGAGAUCCAUGGAAGAAAACUAGAGUCUGGUUAGGUACUUUUGAUUCAGCUGAGGAUGCUGCUAAAGCUUAUGAUACCGCUGCUCGUAAUCUAAGGGGUCCUAAAGCCAAAACCAAUUUUCCAUCUUCACCAAUUAAUCCACAUGAAACAAUUUAUCAUCAACAACAACAAAGCAACAAUUUUUACAAUAAUCAGCAAUACCAUCAGCAAAAUCAAAAUCAAACUCCAGUUAAUAAUAUUCAGAGACCAACUAGUAGUAGUUUAAGUAGUACUGUUGAAUCGUUUAGUGGUCCAAGAUUUUCUUCUCCAGCUUUGAUUCAUCAUACACCAUCUCAGCAGCAGCAUAGAGGACGACGACCUCAUCGACAACCAGUUGAUCCUGAUCAAGAUUGUCACAGUGAUUGUGAUUCUUCUUCAUCUGUGAUUGAUGGUGAUAAUCAUCAUGAUAUUGCUGCAGCAUCUAGUUCAUCUUCUGCUUUUAACAUCAGGAACAAACAGCCAUUACCAUUUGAUCUUAACUUUCCUCCUGUGGUUGACUAUUUAAAUAACGGUGAUGAUGAUUUUCAUGCGACAGCCUUAUGCCUUUGAUUUGAUUGUCUCCAUAAAUUGAUGAGGGAAGGAAAAAAAAAAAGAAAAAUUAUCUCUUUCUUUUCUUUUUUUUUUGCGUUGUUGUUGUUGUAUUUGUUAGAUUAUAUGUGGGUUAACGAUAAAUUAGUGUUCAUGAUGAUGAUGAUAAAUAUAAGUUGAUCUUCUUCUUCAUCCUUAUGUGGAUGGGUUGAUUAUGAUGAAUCUUCAACUAUUUUCAUGGAUAUUAGAAAUUCUGAUCUCUUUGCAAUUUGUUGAAGUCAAAAUCUGAUAUGAUAUGAGGAUUCUUUUAUUUUGAAACCUCUUAA